AAGAAGAAACGGCUUGUGCAGAGCCCCAACUCCUACUUCAUGGAUGUAAAAUGCCCAGGAUGCUACAAGAUCACCACUGUAUUCAGCCAUGCUCAGACAGUAGUUCUGUGUGUAGGAUGCUCAACUGUCCUGUGUCAGCCUACUGGGGGUAAAGCCAGAUUAACAGAAGGCUGUUCAUUUAGAAGAAAGCAACACUGA